GUCUCACUGGUCUGACUGAAGCCUGGGUAAGGAGAGAGUCCAACAACCAACAGAGCCACAGCUAUAAGAAGCUUCAUAUCAUUGCAAGAGAAGCACUGCAGUCCCUGAGAAAUGAGCUGUUUGGGAAGGUUAUCUUGGAAUAUUUCAGGCCACAGCUUUGGCAAUAUGUAUCAGGAGCAGAUCUGUGACCUCUAGGUAGAAAUGGGAUAGUUGCAACAGAAAGUAUAUUAUAGCCUCAUAGGAAGGAAAUGGAAGGGACCUCGAAUAACCAUCCGUGUUUUCCCGGGUUUUACUCGAGGCUAUCCACGUUGUCAAUCAAGCUAGGCUGAGCUGCACCGUGCUUGUCAGACAUCUGUGUGUUGAUGAAAUUGCUCGAAACUAUCAUGUCAAGCUAAGACCUACCAUUCCACAAAUACAAGUUACGCAUUUGACUCGAUUUUCAUGCCCUUUUUGUCAGAAAUGCACAGUGCAGAAGUUUCUCUCCACUGUACUACCCCGUGCAAGAAGGGAGGAGAUACGUUGCAAUUUAUGUCUCUCAAAACAUCUGGUUGUAUUGUGAGAGAUAAAAUAUGCGAAGGCAAAUUGAAAUCAGAAUUCGAGGAAAUCACGUUCUUGUUUGAUGAACCACGUCGCUUGUUGAUAAAAUCUGCCAUAAAGAAAAAGAUUCUCCUACUAACAAAGAAAGUUGAUCUAAUGGGAUUAUAUGCAAACGUACCUCUUUCUUCAAUUACGACUUUCUAUGAAUUUGGUUCAAAUAUAGUGGUAGACAACAUCUCAGAAACUAUUUGGACAAGUUUGAUACGUACUGCAUGCACCCGAAAUGUGAAUGAAGUUCCAUUCACGACACUCCAUUCUCGAAGCACAGGUUCAAAUACUGUAUACCUGGCUCUGCAAUACACACACCACAGAAAUUCUGCUGUGAGCCUCAAGCAAAUCAAAUCAGUGUGCUUGCAACUAGCGAACAAGUUAAACAUUGAACCGUGGGAUCUGCAACUUGUAUCGAUUCAAGAGGACUGUGUUUUGCUACUGUCCCUUGCUAAGAGCAUUGCUGCUGAAGUGUUCCCUGUGUCCACUGCUACGCUGGACACUCUUCACUUGUCUGUCCCCUAUCUCGAUCUUCAAACGAAACUUUUUCGAGGCGAUCCAAAACAAGCUCAAGCAAAGUGUUUCUCCAUCCAUCGCCACAGGUGUCUUCAGUUAUGAGUGAGAUGUGCGAAGACAGGACAAGAACAGAAAACGGCUUCAACUCUGUGGAUACUUCUCUAGAAGAGGAUGAUUUGAUCUCAUCUCUCUCUCUUGAAGCAGGCAAUGGCCUCAGCCCCAUUGUGGAGGAGAACUCGGGUAAUGGAGCCAUGUCAGUGGAUACUAAGAGCAGAAGGUCAAAACAGAGAACAGCUUUCAAGAAAAAAGCUGAUCGUCAGGUCGCUGGGGAAAGUGACUGGUGCCCAUCUUGCCUGAGGUGUGACUACUGCGAUCGAACACUGCCACCUGGACAACACUCAAUUAUACACCAAGAGAAGCCUUACUGCAACGGUUGCUACCAGCUCUUGUUUGGACAGGAAGGUUUCAGGAAUGGAGGAGUCCUCAUGGCCUCCAAGAUUGGCCCUGGUGCCGUCAAUAAGCAGCCAGCACCAGAAACAAAUAAACUGUUGAGUAAAAUUGCCGAGUACAAUAUGUACAAGCAGAAUACAGCUGAGGAACUUCAGUCAAAAGAGGUAAAUGGUCAGCUAUUUUUUGAGGGAGUGCUCAAGAUCUACUGGGGUUUGAAGAAGUCGAUUCGAUUGGCCCCCGGAGUUAUGUACGCUAAAGCCAGGAACAACAGAGAUUCCUUUCACGAAUUUGUGAGCUCGAGUAAUGGCACUGAGCUGAACGACGGUGAGAGGAAGAAGCUGCUACAAUUGGUCAACGGAUGGGACAAUGCUGGGAGUAGGAGAGAUUCUACGUACAACUUUGUGGGGAUGGACGACACAGCAUACACCGUGAUGCUGGAAGAAGCUCAGAAGGUCAGAGCAAAAAGGAAUCGUCGGGAGCUAAUGUACUCAAUGGAGCCAUCGGCUGAAGACCACGACAGAGACAGGGGAAGUGCUAUCAGCAGAUCUUCGCUAACUUGUAGUCUCGAUGUAAACUGGAACUCAACAAGAAAACGAUCGGCUUCGUUCAGACGACUGUCUUGACGGAAAAAGACUGAAAUCAGAAUGGAGACUAGGCAUCACAGGUACACUCCUCCACACGGCCAGUCCACGAACUUGAGAGUGUCCAAUGCCAUCCAGACUGUUGAUGUGCUCAAAAUGCUACUAGCCAAAUUCAAGGU